UUCGAACCAGCAACCGUUGUUGGGCCAAAAAGGCAGCAACGCUAGUAGCGGUACGCUACCAGUUUUCCCCUGAAUAUGGAGCAACAAUGCUGUAAAAUACAGAUGUACCGCUGCUACCGCUCUGUUGUGUUUACAAAGGUGUUUUUCACACACUUUUGACAUGUCGUCAGCAGAUUUCCUCUCUGAGUUACGAACAUCCAUCAUCGUAACCAUGGAAACGUGGGAUGAGCGCAAAAUUCUCUCGGUUAAAACCAGACGUAAGUAUAGAAACGGGGAGACAAAAAACACUGUCGCUUGUGCCAGGAAAUGCAAAAUGUGAACCUAACGGUAUCAAGGUCAAGAUACAGACAUCUGUGUUUUGUGGGCCGCAUAUGAGACAAUUUAAAGACCGUACAAUAAACAUCUAAUAAUUGCUUGACCUUCCCUUACUGCAACCCGGAUUUUCCUGGUUCUGCUGCUGUAGACCGGAAGCAGCUACUGCGCAACAUCCGCUCGUUGUUGUGCCGUAACUGUGGUGUGCAGUGUUUGCUCCCUGUGUCCAACUUAUUUCCGACACAGUGGCACGUAAAUAAAACGAAUAGUGCUGAAACUGGAGUGUCGUUCAGUUUUUACCCCCCAAUGAGGAUGCAGUUGUAUUAUUCCAUGUUGUUAGGAGAAACUUGACGACUGGUGUCAGGCCAGGGGGUGUCUGCGGCACUGACGUGGAGCUGAAGUAAAAAAGCAGCGACGGUCUCCGUCCGGAGUCUUCAAAAUUGUCUUUUUUUUUUUUUUUUUUUUUUUUUGUUCUUCUUCUACAAAACAAAACGCGAGUAGCGCGGGACUAACGUGCUCGUUAGCAGGUGCUACUACCGAGCUGACGCGGAUCCUCCCUCCUCCUCCUCGGCCUGUGCAUGUGUGAAGAGGUGAUGGCGGGUUAGGCAGCGAGUCGGAAGUUGUGUUGUCGUGCGGUGUUUUUGUUUGCGGUUGUGUUGUUUCUACACUACAGUGAGUAGUAAUUAGUAAUUGCUGUGCUUAGUUUGUUCCGCGAGCUGAGCAGCCCUCGCCGCGGGCAUGCGGACUCGCUGAACCGGGCACGCGCAUCCCGGCUGUCAGUGAGACGCUGUUCGUCGCUCCUCCAGCAGCUCGAUGCCGAACUCGGCCCGCGGGGACUCCCGGCCCGAACGGCGCGGGAAAGCCCUGCCGAGCGCUCCAUCCCCGCAGCGGCGGCGAUCGGCGUCCUCCCGCCGGAGGAAGCGCAGACACGGUCGCGGGAGGCGACGCCACAAGCCGGAGCCAUCGAACAGCGGGCGAAACGGCCUUUCCCACGGAGACCCGGAGCUCUGCGCCGCGGUCGAGUACGACGACAUCAGCUCACAGUCGGAGGGCUUUUCCGCGAGUCCCUCUCCCGUGGCUGAUCCAGGUCCGCUGCAGCGGCCCGCGGGAUGCAGCAAGCAGCGCGACUCCCCGGAGCUCGACGGAGAAGAGGAAGGAGAGCUUCGGGAGCAAGAUCGGAGGAGAGAGGGGCGCCGGAGCCGAGACCGCGGGCCCCGAAGUCUCGGCAGCCUGAGCAAUGGCCUGAAGACCCCGAGAUCGUCGCCCCCCGGCAGCCCGGGCGGAGUCAGGAGGCGGUCGGACAAGCAGCCGCCGGCAGCCUACAGAGACGCGGGCUGCGGAGAGCGCGGCGCGACCCGGGCCGGGCCCUCCUCCUCCUCCCAGACACAGGCACAAGCGUCCAGAGGAAGUCCCGGCUACGCGGCGAGGAGGCGGACCCCCAGCCCGCUGCACUCCGGCAGGGACGGCUCCGUAGGCCGCUCGCCCCGUCGGCGGAGGAGGAAGAGGAGACGGAGGCGGAGGAGGAGGAGGACUCCACCGGGGGCGUACGAAGCGCGGGCGAGCGCAUCCACGUGCAGCCCCCCGCGGAGCCGGCGCCGGCAGCAGCACAGCCCGGGUCCCGAAAGCAGGCGAGUGCGGAGGUCACGCAGCCGCAGCCCGUACGCAGCAUCCCGCUCAUGCAGUCGGCCCUCCAGCCUCUCCCCCAGUUCGCUGAUUCUGCAGAGCAGCUUGGCGGCUGAGCUCAGCAAGCACAGGAGGGCACGGGCUGCAGAGGCGGCGGCGGCGGCGGCAGCGGCAGCAGCAGCUACACGGCCCAAGAGCUCCAGCAACACGUCCACACCGACCAAAGGCCCCUCCGAGGCCCAUGGCACCAAGAGGGCCCGACCCCCUUCCCCGCCCCAAGAAAAAGGACCCGAGACCCCAGUGGCUGGUGGACCACAGUCCCCAGCCAAAGGGCCCCCUGCGUUGAAGGUGACAGCUCUCCCACACGUCGACAAAGACACUAAGGGCAAGGAAGACUGUCCGGAAGAGCUCCACAGCAAGAAGAAACGUCGCGGACCAGCCCAGGGCAAAGACAAAGAGCGGCUGCCUGUUCCAGCCAUGUCUGCAGCAGCCACGGAGCCUGUGGACCCCAGCCUCCUGGAGGGACUGGGCGGAGCUGCAGCAGACUGUCAGAAGGAGGAUCCACAGUCUUGCAGCACAGUGGUGGGCGAACGGAAGCCACGUCUGCGCCUCACUGACUUACCGCUGCCCCCAGAGCUGCCAGCGAGCAGCCUACGUGCCCCCCAGAGUCCUCCUGAGGACAAAAAGACCCCCAGUGGCCGCAAAAGGCCCAGAAUAUGUGGCCCUCGCUUUGGGGAGGUCAAAGAAGAAGAGAUCGACUGGGGCAAGCGCUGCGUGGACAAGUUUGAGAUUCUCGGGAUCACAGGGGAAGGCACUUACGGGCAGGUGUACAAGGCCAAGGACAAAGACACUGGUGAACUGGUGGCCCUGAAGAAGGUCCGGCUGGACAACGAGAAGGAAGGGUUCCCUAUCACAGCCAUUCGAGAGAUCAAGAUCCUGCGGCAGCUGAACCACAAGAGCAUCAUCAACAUGAAGGAGAUUGUCACAGACAAGGAGGACGCCCUCGACUUCAAGAACGAUAAGGGUGCGUUCUACCUGGUGUUUGAAUACAUGGACCAUGAUCUGAUGGGGCUGCUCGAAUCAGGCCUGGUGCACUUCAAUGAGAGCCAUAUUAAGUCCUUCAUGAGGCAGCUGAUGGAAGGUCUUGCCUACUGCCACAAGAAGAAUUUCCUGCACAGGGACAUCAAGUGCUCCAACAUUUUGCUGAACAACAAGGGACAGAUUAAACUUGCAGAUUUUGGCUUGGCUCGACUCUACAACUCUGAGGAAAGCCGUCCCUACACUAACAAGGUGAUUACGCUGUGGUACCGGCCGCCGGAGCUGCUGCUGGGGGAGGAGAGGUACACCCCUGCCAUCGACGUCUGGAGCUGCGGAUGCAUCCUGGGAGAACUGUUCACCAAGAAGCCAAUCUUUCAGGCCAACCAGGAACUUGCUCAGUUAGAGCUCAUCAGUCGAACCUGUGGCAGUCCAUGUCCUGCGGUGUGGCCAGACGUGAUUAAACUACAGUAUUUCCACACUAUGAAACCGAAGAAACAGUAUCGGAGACGACUGAGGGAAGACUUUGCAUUCAUCCCGUCCACAGCCCUGGACCUUUUUGACCAUAUGCUGACGCUGGACCCCAGCAAGCGUUGCACGGCAGAGCAGGCCCUGAGCAGCACCUUCCUCAGGGAUGUGGACCCAGCCAAGAUGCCCCCUCCAGACCUUCCGCUGUGGCAAGACUGCCACGAGCUCUGGAGUAAGAAGCGCCGGCGCCAGAAGCAAAUGCAGGAGGAGCCGAUGGCCCCCAAAGUCCCCCGCAAGGAACUGGGGCCAUCCGACAGCCAAAGCAGUACCCCCCAAGGCUGCCCCGCUUCGGUAUUACCUCGGGCCCUGGGCAACAACGGUCCUGUGCCACCAGAUUUCAAGGCCCCCAGCGGCCCUCUGACCCAGGAGCAACUCGCUGUGCUGCUGAACCUCUUCCAGUCCAGCAGUGCAGCUGAGACAUCUCAGCCGAGCCUCCAGGUGAGCCUUGAGACCUUGCAGGAGCUUGGCCACGCACCGCCUCCCGAGGGCUCCAAGCCCGUGGAACCCGGGCCAGAAGACUGCAAGCCCCCAGAGCCUUCGGGCACGAUGCCCCGCACCCCACCUGUGAUGCCUGAGGCGGAAGUUGCGGCAGGAGUGCCGGGUGCCCUGGCGAUACUCCUCGCGCAGCUGCUGAAGGUCCAGCAGAUGCAGGGAGCGACACCUGCGUCUGAGGCUGAUGGGGAACGCGCCUGCGGUGGACGCUCAAGGGGGCCAGAAACCCCCCCAGAGCAGCUGAAGCCUGCAAAAGUGAGCCCGGUCUCUCCAGUGUCUGAAGGCAGAAGCGUAUCAGCCCCCGAGCCUUUGCCCCGGAUUCUGCCCCCUGAUCAGAGGCCCCCUGAGCCACCAGAGCCACCGCCUCCCUCUGAGGACCUGGACUACCGCCGGGCUCCGGAUGUGGGCGCCGGGGCCGAGUUUGCCCCUUCGCAGCAGUUCCCAAAGGAGGCUGGCUGUGGUGAUGUGGGAGAGCCCCCAGAGCCCAGUUACCCACCGCCACUGCCCCCUCUGCAACCCGAGGCAGCGGGCUACGGCGGUUUCGCCAACCUGCCCCCACCAUUUCCAUCCCCAAACUUUAGUACCAGUUAUACGGGUGGAAUGGCAGGAACCGGAGUGCUCUCUCCCUCCAUGAGGGAGAUAUUCAACAGCACUGUGCCCCCACCCUCAUCCUGCAUGCAGCCCACCCCCGUCGGUUACAAAGAGCACUUCUCCCAUAGUGCACCUGGCAGCGGCAUCCUGUUUACAAGCGAUCAGGACCACCGUUUCGACCACCAUCGCAGCUCCCUUGAUGUGGAACGCCACUCCCGCACCGGUGCCCUUAGCUCGUACCAUCCGGAAGGCGGCCAGCCGCCCCCGCCACCAGCUCUGGGCCAUGCCUGGGACUCCCCUUCCCAGCCUGCAGUGCCGCCCUUUGCCCCAGGCUUCACGGGACAAGUGAACGAUGCAGCCCUCAGGGGGCGGGGCCUUCCUUUCUGACAGCUCUCUGGGGAUGCACACGAGGCACUCAGGUGUGUACAAGCAAAACCCUCUCAGGUUUCUCUCCUAAAGGAAAUACACUGGAUUUUUAUUAUAGAAAAUCCUAGUGUAUUCAUAGUGCGAUUUUCCCUGUAUCUGGGAAGAAUUUAUGUAACAACCAGGAAGGAGGUUGUUUUUGGGGCAGUUCUUGCUCUUACCAUUUCAUAUUGUUUUAAAAUAUUUUACUGCCGUCUUUUUAAAUUAAAAUGGGCUUUUUGCCUUGUAACUGAUUUUAUGUAUUUUUUUUAAGGUCACUUAUUACAAGGAUUUGAUUUACGGAAGAAAAUGGUCAGUACAGGUGUAGGUAUUAAUGAAUGAACUACCUAAUACAGAUAUAAAAUCCCUUGACUGUAUAUACUUGGACCAGGCACAAAACAAGAAGCUUAAUAGAUUUUCUUUUUUCCUUUUAUAUACAUAUUAUGAAUAAGGAAUUGAUCGGUUUGAAAUAACUAUUGGCACUGGAACUUUUUAAAAUGUCAGCCUACUUCUCUGUGAAGUAAUAGAGGGUGUGUUCUUUAUUCACACCGCUCAUUAUUAUGCUUAUAAUAUGAAAAGAGUAAUAAUCUUUGCCUUUUUUACGGUUUCUUUUGGGCAUAAUAAAGAACCACAAACACAUAACUGUCCCUUAGUCUAUCCAGGAUUCCUGCCUCUGAAGCAUUUGUACUUCUGUUAAUGCAAUGUUUAAAUACUGUAAUUUUUUUUUGGGAGUCAUGUAUCAGCCAUCAUGGUUAUAUUUAGGGGAUGUUAAAGCACUGAAGUGACUGACCACAAAAUUCUGGAUUCACUUUCACUAGAGAUUAGAGAGCAAUAUAUUGGUUGCUUGGUAACAUAUACAUCCUGUCCAGCUGAAUCUCAUGUAGAAAAAAUAUCCAAUCAAUGAAAAUCUGUACAAAUUUUAUAUCAUUACUCUGGUUGUUUCCUCACUAUAAAUUGUAUUUUUUAGAAAAAUGUGAUGUCUGAAAUCAAAAAAUGUGUAUGUAAAAAUAUUUCAAGUCAUAUACUGACAAUUUGGUGCUUUCAUCUGGUCAAGAGGUAACAAUUUGAGCUUAAGUAUAUUAAUAAAGAGCCCAUGCGUAGAAGGAUUGAUGUAACGCUACCUAUAGAUGGCGCUGUAGAGUUAUAUGCUUUUCAUCACUAUUUUUCCUAUUUUAAUUCCUUCAUGUGCAACAUGUCAAAGUUAUAGCCUCAGACUUUAUUCUAACUUGGCCAUUUAACAUUAACAGCACAUAGACAGGGCUGCUUUUUAGAAAUCAAACCCAUAGCAAAGUAAUCCAACUGUACAUGUGCACAUUUUUCAUAAUAAAAGUACAAAGAUAUUUUCUCUGCUAAACUCAGCUAUUCAGGCUGCACUAAUUAUUUGGAGUCUGUGUUUUACAUUUACAGAUUCAGUUACCAAAAUCGCUGAGAUGAAAACACACAAUGUCCAAAAAAAAAAA